AUGGCAUCUGCUCCAAAUGUGCCAGUUUUCCGAAAAGAAGAGGAAGAAGAAGAAGGCUACGAUGAAGAUUUUCAAGGGACCGGAUUCUGUUGUUUUCAAUGGAAUUGUUUCGGGAAAAGAGAUACAGGUGUUCAGGAAAAGCAACUUCUCAGAAACCAAGGAAGCAAAGAGGAGUGGUGGAAAAAGGGGUGGGAUAAAGGAAGAGAGUGGUCUGAAAUUCUGGCUGGGCCUAAGUGGAAGACGUUUAUACGUCGAUUGCGUUUUAAGAAACAGGGUAAGCCUCAGUACAAGUACGAUCCACAAAGCUAUGCUCUAAAUUUUGACGGCGAUCGUGACGACAAUUCCGAUGGGUUUCUCGUCGGUUUUCCGUCGAGAUUUGCUAGUACCAACGCCGCAUAA